AACACAAAACAAGUGCUGUCUAACAUGCUGCAGAGGCGUUCUGGCACCAUGAUGCAGCCACCAUCAAUUCACGCAAUUGCUUCACAGCAGCAGCAGCAGCAGCAAACUGCUCCAGAUGAAGCUACUUCAGCAGCAGCAGCAACAGCAGCAACAGCAGCAACAGCAGCAGCGGCUUCUAAGGCAGCAAGCCCAGGGUCCGGCUAUCGACCAGGCUGCUCUUUUUGCUCAACAAAUCCGGCCAGCUUCUCAGCUUCCGCAAUAUCCAGGGAUACAGCAGACACAGACUAUUCCUCAUGGCUACACAAUGUAUAGCACUCAGAUGCCAUUGCAAUCACAGCAGGCCGGAGGCAUCGUCCUUUCGCCUACCUACAACUCCAGGGCCUAUCAAGCAGCUCAUUUGAACCCUGCUCUGAUGGAAAGGCUACGGCAGACACAACAACAGCCGAGUGGGUACAUUCAUCAGCAAGCAGCUGCCUAUCCUCAGCCACUAACAGGCAACCAGCGAUUGAGUCACCAGCCUUUGCAGCAGAAUCCCUUGCUUGGAGGGCCACUCGAUGCCAUGCCAGCCACAGCUUCCCACCCAAACCUUAACUCAGUUCAGAUGCCUCAGGAACAGAUGAGACAGAGACAACAACAAAUUCGACAACAGAGACUCCUUCAGUUGCAGCAGCAGCAGCAGCAGCAGCAGCAGCAGCAGGGACAGCAGCAGGUGCUUAGUCUCCAAGCAAUGCACCCUCAGCAACCUUUGUUUCCAAGACAAGGCUUGCAGCAGACACAACAGCAACAACAGACGGCUGCCCUCGUCAGACAGCUCCAAAAACAGCUGUCAAGUAACCAGCCGCAGCAAGGUGUGAAUCCAUAUGGCCAUCCUUCAAACUUCUGAAUCUGGAAGGUGAAAAUAAGACAAAGUGUUUGCACUGAAGAAUAGGGGAACAGAAUUUGUUGCACUAAAUAUCUCUCUCCCCCCCCCCCCAAUUUUUUGUGCUGCAACUGAUGUGAAUAUAUAAGAAAUAGGUGAUUUUUGUUUUGUUUUUGCACUUAACUAAUUAUAAAUGUAUGGAUUAUGUGGGAUUAUAUGAAGAACAUUUGUUGCUGAAGAAUAUAUGGAUUUGGGGCUUCUAGGGUAUAAACACUCCUUGCUCCCUCCCCUCUACAGGAUUAAAAAUCCUUCCUUUCUUUUUGUGGAAAACAAGUUUUGUUUUUCUUAAGAACUGCACUGGACCAAACUACUUACGAAAAAGGCACUUCCAUUUUUUUUUUAUUUAAUGCACAAGGUGGUCCCCCCCCCUUGUUUUCGGUAAAAUGUGUAUUGAUUUCGGUUUUUUAAAUUAGUUUUGAUCAUGUUUGUAGAUUUCAUAAGCACUUUAUAAAAGAAUUUGUUUGCAAAGUUCCUGAUUUUUUUGUUGCUUUUAUUGUGGUAAUAAAGUUCCUGAAGGAGGAUCCUUACUUGUAUUCAUCAAGUUUCUAUUUAAAAAUCCAGUAGUUUGACAAUAAUAAGCCUACUAGACUUCAGUACAAAUCUCCAUACUGUAGUAAGAUCUCCUACCUGCAGAUGAUCAAAAUGAGUACCCAAAACCUAAAUAAUCACAUGUUCAGUCAUGCUCAGGGUUGCAGCCUAUAACUGCAGUUUGAGACUAGAAUAAUUAAAUGCAUAGGUUUUCAUUCUGUUUCCUGUAAUUCCACUGGAGAUAUGCUAACAUGGGUUUCCACAGCAUGCACCGGAAAUUAAGAUAACCAUUUUCUAUUUCUCAGUGUGGGUAUUUCAGAAUAAUUUCAGGGAAGUUGUUUAAUCGUAUUCUAAGUCUCCUUCCAGGUAUUCUAAACAGUUUUCCAAAAGAUUUCAUAAUACAGUUGAAAUGUAAGGAAAUAGCUGUUUUCUGAAAUGCUGUAGAACUAUUACUUUCCUAUGGUUUUUCCAUAUAUAUUAAAUAAAAUCACUUCAUCCACUCAACUGGGUCUACACUCCCCAUGAAAAAAUGUUCCUUUACACAAACUGUCAUGUCUAGAAGAUGGGUAGUUUUAUUUUUGUAUGACUUUAUUCAGUCAUGAAACCCUAGCUGCAGUCUAAAGUGGUACAUUUCAGACCAAGGUUUACCACCUCAUCUGCUGUUUGUGAGAACUAGGCCUUAGUUUUCUAGUCACAGAAAUAGUUACUUAUUAUUUUGUACGGUGGGUGUUCAAAAAUUUGGUUAUUUUUAGUUGUGUAAAUAAAUUCAGCUGUAUUUAUUUAUAAAUUUGCUGCCAAAGCACAAGUAAAUUAUCAUCAAAUUUAUUACUAUAAAAACAGAAACUAUUUUAAUCUUGUGGAAGUGGCAUUUGCUCAUAUUCGAGUAAAGAAUAAUCAAAAGAAACUACUGUUUUGUGAAUUUUUAGUAUUCUGUGAUAACCUUUUAGAAUUAGAUGCACAAAUUUUGAAUGUGACUCAUGUAGGGCAUUUAAAAAAAUACUUGAGACUAUUUGACUAUGUUUUCUGUAUGAACUUUUCAUUUGCCUUGUGAUAAGCCGAUCGUAAGGCUUACUGUGAAUAAACAAUCUCUACUGAGCAAAUUAGUCAGAUUAUGUCAAAUGAAAUCUGCAUUGCUAUACCCAGCUGAUACAUUUCUACCUUCCCACAGGAUGUCCGAAUCUUUAGUGUAAUAAAUAAUUUUUGAACUGUUG